AUUCGUUUAUCUCGAUUUUUGAAUUUCAAAACGACGAACUGCUAAAUUUACAGUGCUAUAACUGUCUUCAGAAACUCGAGGAUUAAUUUGAUGAAAAGAGCGAUUAACUUUUGGACGACCAAUAAAAAAUGGAUAACCAUAUAAGUGCUAUUAUAUUUUUAGUUUUAUCCACUUUGUGUACAGGAUUUACGGCGACCACACAUUCAAUACAUUUUUUAAAGCCAAGUGUUGUCUUUCAAAAUAAUGAACCAGGCUUGAAAAUAUUUUGUCACAAUGCUAAUACAAAAGAUUUGAUAUACAUAUGGAAAAGUUUAACAAUACACUUAAGUACAAAUACAGAAAACUACGAUCUUUAUAAUGGGAAAACUCCUCAAGAAGUAAUGGAAAAGUACGAGAAUCAGAGGUAUUGGCGUUUUAAUUUAUUUGGUAGAAACAAGAGUAACAAGUUCCAAAUUAAUCCAUUUGAAGAUGUUUGCAUUGGUGUAUAUGUAUAUCCUUCUGAUUUGCAUAAAUACUCAAUGGGCAUAACAGAAACACGUAUCGAUGUUUAUAAAUUAAUGUUAAUGAUUUUGGGCACCAUAAUCUAUUGGAACGCUCAUAAACUAAGUGGAAAUUGUAUAUUUUAUUAUUUGUGUGGUACAGCGCUUGGAACCAUUACCUCAGUCCUAAUUUUUGUGUACUAUCUUAGCAAAUUAUUGCCAAGGGGUAAAAUAAUGUACCUGAUGGUCGCCACUAGUUGGACAAUGAGUAUUUAUAUUAUUCAAGCAUUGUGGGACCGUGCACAUAUAAUUAUCGUAGAGUAUAGAGAAUGGAUCACACUGUAUAUUCUACUUACAUCUUUCAUGAGUUUCAUAAUUUGUUAUUGGUUUGGCCCAAUUACAAAUGCCAGAACGAAAAAAGUUAUCGAAUGGCUUCUGCAGAUAGGAGCGCUGUUUGCCAUGUAUCACAGCAGUUACUUCCGCGAAGUAUCAAUUUUUUCUUGUAUUGUUAUUAUUCUUCUUUAUAAUUUUCCCAUUGUUGCAAUUCGAAAAGUGCGAAGUUAUUGGAAGAAAAUGUAUCCUCAGAGAAGAAAGUUAUUAACUGAAAACCAAUAUCAUACAGAAGGGAUAAGAGAAACUAAUGAAGCAUUAAGCGAACUAAAGGAAUAUUGCGCUAGUCCCAAAUGUAAUCCGUGGAAAACAGUUUUAAUAUUGAAAGAUCCGAUAAGGUUUGCCAGGUUUGUGGAAGGUGAAUCUCAUUUGUCUGACGACGAGACGCGAGAACACGAUGCUGAGAUCACAAAAAUUAUAGAGGAGUGUGAAUAUACGGAUGAUGAGGAUGAGUAUUUAAUAAAUUCCACGUUUUAG